AAAACCUCAUCCUCCUCCACUCCCGCCACAGCCUGUACGGCCACCAACCACCGUAUUUCCCUCUUUCUCCUCCGCGUCAUCCUCCACCUCUCUCAUUUCGAUAAUGUUGAUAUUGACUUUGAGCCUUAAUUAGUCAAACUUAUCCACACCUAAACAUGGCGGCUUCUGCUUUCUCAGCUUCCUCUUUGUUCGGUUCGAGAAUUAACGAACCAUUAACCUUAAUUUCCUCGAAAUCACGCUCCAAGUUGAACUCCAAGAGAACUCCACCUGUUAAAAUCUCAUGUGAUUACUCUUGCUUGGAAGUGAAGGAUGUUUAUUAUAGACCUCCAGGGACGCAGAUUAACCUUUUGAAUGGAGUUAGCUUUUCACUUCCAGAGAAAAGUUUUGGCUUAAUUUUUGGACAGAGUGGAAGCGGGAAAACUACUCUCUUGCAGCUUCUUGCAGGGCUUAGCAAACCAACAUCAGGUUCUAUUUGUAUCCAGAGAUACACAAAUGAAGGCAACCCAAAUCAGUCUCCAAAAUUAUUAGUUCCAGAAAGAGUUGGUAUUGUCUUCCAGUUCCCAGAGAGGUAUUUUGUGGCAGACAAUGUGCUUGAUGAAGUUACAUUUGGCUGGCCAAGGCAAAGGAGUGGGCUUCAAGUGAAGGAGCAUCUUGCAUUAAAUCUCCAAAGAGCUUUUAAUUGGGUUGGAUUGAAUGGGAUUUCCCUGGAUAAAGAUCCUCAUUCAUUAAGUGGUGGCUACAAACGCCGACUUGCUCUGGCAAUUCAAUUGGUUAGGACCUUCAGAGCACAAGUUCCUGACGUAUUGAUAUUGGAUGAGCCUCUCGCUGGUCUUGCAUCUGAAGAAAGAAUUAACUAUACUUGUUGUCAGUCAUGAUCUCAAAGAGCUACAAGAUUUAGUUGAUCGAUCUUGGAGGAUGGAAAUGGGUGGAGUUUUGAGGGAAGAGUGCCUAUAGGUUUAGUUUAGGACAAUGCCUGCUUUGUCGACAUUUCUUUCUUUGAGGUUUGAUAAUCCUUCUCUCGCUUUCCCAAGUCUUUAGAGUGGAUUCAGGUAUUGUUGUAGCUCAAUUAUGGAGUUUUUUGAAGUGCUUUGCUUGUGGACCAGAAUAUGCUCAAGAGCUCAAAUGAGACAAGACUUACGAGUGAUCAUAAACAGAUGUUCGGAUUAGGAAGACUACAAGAAAGCAGUGCACAACUUUAUUAUCACACGCAGGAGGAUAAGAUGGAUUCCUCCUAAUAGUCUUCUUUUUCUAUUGAGUUCAUCACUACUUACUAGCAAACACAUUACAACACAGUUGAUAUUAUGAAGCCAAAAGAUUGGAGUUUUACUGCAAAGGACAAAAGCUAUUAAUAAGAAUUUCUUGCAGUUUCUUCACUACAGCUCCAACACCAAGUCUACAACCCAACAGCAGCAGCAAAAGAAGAUGGUCAGACAUUUAUAUAUUAGAAAAACAAAUCACUGAACUAAAUGAUCGCAAAGCUCAAUGCAGUUUGUAUUGGUCUAGGAAUAUAUUUCUGAUUAUGUCAAAAUAUCACCUAUUCAUUUGCUAAUUGUGAACGUCAAUUCUGAUGGUGUAUCCAAGUUUAGUUGUAUUAUAUUCAAGGAAAAUACUUGUCCUGCAUCAUUUUUUAUGGUAAUUCAUUUUGUUUCUUUUACA